AACAGCAUCGAGAUAAAAGAUGUCGUGGCAGACGUACGUAGACGAGCACUUGAUGUGUGAGAUCGAGGGGCAACCAGGCCAACACCUUACCGCCGCCGCGAUCAUUGGCCACGACGGCAGUGUGUGGGCUAAGAGUCCUAAGUUCCCUGAGUUGAAGGGUAAUGAGAUCGCUAACAUAAUGAAGGAUUUUGAUGAGCCAGGCCAUCUUGCUCCUACAGGCUUACACCUUGGUGGUGAAAAGUAUAUGGUCAUCCAGGGUGAGCCUGGUGCUGUCAUUCGUGGCAAAAAGGGAGCAGGAGGGGCAACUAUUAAGAAAACAGGACAAGCUCUUGUGUUUGGCAUAUAUGAAGAGCCAGUGACUCCAGGGCAAUGCAACUUGGUUGUGGAGAGGUUGGGUGAUUAUCUUGCCGACCAGGGCCUUUAG